UUUCUUCUCUUCUCCGUUCGCGCCUUAACGCCGCCGGCCCACCACCCUCUCUCAUUACCUCAGCUUCGACGCGCCGCCGAUUUUUUUCCUCUCCGCCACGCCGAGGACCACUUUUCCUCCUUAGAAGCCGCGCCACUGUCAUCAUCUCCUUGCUCGCUCUCCCUCGGUCGCCAUCGUCGAUUUUUUGUUUUCUUCUUUCUCUCUCUAUCUCUCUCUCUCUCUCCAAUGGAUAAUUUUGAAGAAGUAGUAAAGAAGGAAUGGAACAUGAAAGAUUUAAAAGCCCUAACUUCUCAAAUUAAGGCGCACGAGUCUACCCUUAAUCUCAAACGCAGGUGGUUGAUGGAUUUAGCCUUGUCCCCAGUUGAACAGAAGCGGCUAGAGGAUAUACUUCCUGCCAAUGAUAAGAUAUUGCCCGAGUCGUUACUUCGGGAAGAUGAUUUGAGCUAUGAGGACAUGAAAACAUGCAUCGAAAAGGGAUUUGGAGCUCAUAACAACGGAAACGAAGCCCAUUUUAUUCAAAAGGAUGUGCGAGUAUCUAAUCCGCCCGAUGGUUUUCGACAUAUAUUCUCCCAGCUGGAGAAUAUGACCAAUAAAGACUUAUGUUCCAUUGUCGAGAUACUCACGGGGGGGUUUACUAAAUUCGAGAAAACACGUUCGAGUAUGAAGAGGACUAUCAAAGAGUUGCUUCCAAAAGUUAUUUCCGACAAGAGUGAUAUUUCCAGAGCAAAACUGGAACGGCUUCUGCAAGUGGUAGAAAACUCGAAAACUUGUUGCGGGAAUAACCGAAUGGUGGAUUCGAAUUCUUACGAAGCCUAUAAUGCAGCUGCAGUGAAGGUACUCGAUGGACUUGAGGACUUCCCUUCUGACGCACUUAAAGCAAUGCACAGAAAGCUGAAAGGUGUUAAGGGGUAUAUUCCGUCUAUUAAACCGUCGAAAUCUGGAUGGGUACGUGGUAAAAUAAUUAAUACGAUGAGGAGAAAAUGCAUGGAGAUGCUUGCUAACCCUAGUGAAACGGGCGGGCCUUCGGAAAAAUUGGCUAAGGCAUUGGGAGUUGCGAGCUUAACACUGAAGUCGAUAAUGAACAUUCCUGCUGUAAUGGACUUGAAGGUUUUCCACCGGAAAUCACAGCCUAGUCAUGCAGUUACAACACCGCCCUGCACUAAAGCCAUCGGAAAGCUAAUGCCUUGCAAGGAUUAUCUUGUCGGAAAAGCCAACGGUGUGACGGUCUCGUGCUGCAGCAGUGCUCGUUCGAUUCCGGCCGAUUCUGGGGUGAUCCAAAACUUGUGUGCGUGCCUUAAGAAGGCUGCAAAAGACAUGCAUAUCAUUCCCGAGAGAGCUAAGGCACUUACCGGCUUGUGCAAAUUGAGUACUCCUUUCCCGGUUGAUCCUCGUGUUGCUUUUAUUCUUUAUUUCUCUGUUAAGUUCCACACUCAAACUCUAGAUCUGUCGUUCAUCCUUUUCUACACAGACCAUACAUAUGUUGUCCCGCCACGCCACCACCACCACCACCACCACGACAAACAAUGGUCGUUGAAGCAAGUGACGAAUUUCGUAGCGUUUCUGUUGUAG